AUGGAGAGAAGAGUCCUGAAAAUAGAAAGGCUCAGCAAAGAUCUUCUGAAGUGGGCCGUGAAUCUUGUUGUCAGCAAUCUGGGCCGAUACUGUAGAAGUCCUUUGAUGAAGUUCUCAAAAGCCAAGUCUUUGAAAAACAAAAACAACAACUACAUCUUCUGCUUCGUUGGGGAAGUUCCUGUAGGGUUUAUCACAUUCCGGUUUUCCAGGGACACAACAUAUGUGUUUGAGCUACAUGUGGAGAAGGAACAUAGGUCUUUAGGGAUUGGUGCUUUAUUGCUGGAUGAAUGCAAGAAACAGUAUGACAAGGUUGUAAGAAGAAUAGUUUUGUAUGUAUACAGGGAAAACUCAAGAGGUUUGAAGUUCUACGAGAGAAACGGGUUUAGGAUUAAUGAGGGAUAUGAAUGUAGUAGAUUCUAUGAGAUGAUACUGGAAAAGUAG